AUAAAUUCGCAAUUUCCUAAAACUUAGUGAAAAAUGCAGAAAUUCUUUCAGGACUUGAGUCAAAAAAUUCAACUCAGAAGAAUGAGUGGUUAUAGUGUAUCCGAGUUUUGGCCCAACCCGGCGGCAGGACAUUUGCCUGUGCUCAGCGACUUUGUCAAGCAACAGCUGGUCCUGUGCAAGGAUCUGGCCAAGCCCAGCCAGCAGCCCGAUGCCGUCGACUUGGAAGCGUUCAUGUCCAUCUCCGAUAAGUUUCCCAUUCCGUUCGGCACGGAUGCCGGUCGGGUGAAGUCGCAGCCAGUGGAGCGAAGGCCACACAUACGACAGCAAAUAGCAUCUGCCUAUCCCAUCAUACACGAGCAGGUCUUGUUUCUCUACAUGGACUUUCUGGAGCACAAGCUGAAGUUUGGCAAUCCGAAGGAAUUGAGCGUCUAUAAGGACAUCACGCUUCCGCAAUUUGUGCAGCGGCUGCUGGAGAAGCGUUGCGUCUACUUCGUCGGCAUGUUGGAUGCCUUUAUGCUGCUGGACGGCAGCAUGGGCUAUGGGGGCUUUGAGCAGGUUGGCACCAUGAGCGAGAGUGCUCCACUCGAGCUGAAGAACGUGCUGAGCUAUGACGAGAUCAAGCUAUCGGCUCUACUCUAUGCCUCCACGUACUCGGAGUUCAUCAACGAUGGCUCGCGCACGAAUGCCGGUCGUGUGGAGCAGGACAAGUCGAGGAUUGAGACGGACGGCAUCAUCAUGGGGCUGAUCGGGUCGCGCUUCGGACGCAGUAAUGUGAUGGAGUGCGAGGAUAUCUUCAUAACGCGCGAGCAGAAUACGGCCAAGCGAGGCUACGGCCACUCGGGAUCUGCUGAGAACCGGGUGCAGGACUAUCGCCGUCUCUGGCGCCAGUUCUACGAGGAGCCCAAAGACUUUCGCUUCAACGAUGUGCAGGCAGACGGUAAACGCUUCAUACAGCUGAAACACGACAUCAAGUUCGACAAGCAGGUGAUGGGCAAGCGCUUCGCCAUCAGCUUCGAUACGCUGCUCCUGGAGGCGGAGGCACGUGCCGCUUCCGCCGGCAAGCCGGCGUACAUCCAUGUUGUGGGCAUUGGCCUGGGCGUAUGGAAGGUGUUGGACGAGCAGGAGGAAAUCUUUUUGGAGACCUUUGAGCAGCGUCUGCGUGCGCUCAGCGCUAAGCUCACCCACAUUGGCGUUGUGCACUUCUCCUGGUUCCAUCUGGACAAAUGGGGUGGGCUGUUCGAUGGCGCUUGCAUAGAGGAGCCCACGCAUCCACAGGGCGGCAUCCAGGUGCGCAUCUCUGUACGCAAUCCGGCCGACAAGCUCAAGGAGCCCAUGCUACCCAUUGUUACCUAUGCCUGGGAUGGCAACGCCCUGCCGGGCAACGAGUUCUGGUCGAAAUCGCUCGUCAGCAGCAGCGAUCCGGCUGCCGCCUGCUGCACGCUCAUAACCGAGCUGCUGAAUGCACACAUUAACAAGGAUUACAUGAGUGGCAACAAUCUGCAUAUUGCCUCCAUGCAGCAUGGCGUGCUCCACAUAUCGGACUAUGCCGAGAAGAUGCUUAACCGCGAUCUCUGAGG